AUGUCAAUUCAAGAUCGCACUCAUGAGUUCAAGUCUUGUGUGGACUCCAUUCGCAGCAGGUCUGCAGUACCACAACGACGUCAAGACGUAAAACAACCCUUUCUCAAUGCAAAAUCACACACCAAAUCCGAAUUCUCGCGGAUGGCUGCUUCCAUUGGCAAGGACAUCAGCAGCACCACCUUGAAGCUCAGUAAACUCGCUCAGCUCGCAAAACGGAAGACUUUGUUUGAUGACCGUCCUGUCGAGAUUAGCGAACUCACCUUCAUCAUCAAGCAAGACAUUGCGAAUAUCAACAAGCAGAUUGCUGCCCUGCAGUCCUACGUGAAGCAACGCAACACUCAAACCUCGUCCUCCUCGGCAGAAGGGAAACAGAUAGACGAACAUAACAAUAACGUAGUGAUGUUGCUGCAAAGCAAACUAGCGACUACCAGCAUGUCAUUCAAAGAUGUCCUUGAAGUCCGCACGCAGAACAUGAAGGAAUCCAAAACACGUACCGAGCAAUUCAUGUACUCCACAGCCUCAGCGGCCAAUCACCCUCCCUCCAGCAACGGAAGCCCAACGCCAUUUGAUCAAAAGGGUAAAGGUCGUGCGCUGCAGAACGGCGAUAUUUUGGCUCUUGAUCUUGACUCGGCCGAGGAAGGUUCUGGGGGUUCAAAUGGGAACGCGUUCAUGCAGAUGCAACUUGUCGAACAGCAGGUGUGUGAUUCGUAUAUACAACAGCGCUCAACUGCAAUUGAAUCCAUUGAGACAACCAUUGCUGAACUCGGCCAGAUAUUUACCCAACUCGCCGGUAUGGUCGCAGAGCAAAGAGAAACCGUGCAGCGAAUCGACGCCGAUACCCAGGACAUCGCCUCAAACGUGGAUUCAGGUCACCGAGAACUUUUGAAGUACUACGCAAGUAUAUCAAGCAACCGUUGGUUGAUGCUCAAGGUGUUUGGUGUUCUCAUCGUUUUCGUGAGUGUGAUUCUAUCGACAGGGUACCUUUCACACUCAUCAUACCAACCCAGUUCCUCGUCUUUAUUUUGGUAUCAUGAUACAUAUUAUGGCGCCCCCGGAUCCUAG